UGCUAAGGAAAGAGGCGGUGUCGCGCCCUUUUAGUCAGGGGCGUUAUUCCUGGGAAAGGUGUGAUGAGGGAAGAGGGUAGUAGCACAUGCUUGAUAUUGUCUCUGAUCCACCUUAGAUGAUGAAAUGGAGCUUUCCGAGAGCAGCCGAAAGAUUUGCAGGCGGUUAUUCAAUCUCAUUGUUCAGUUUGGCUCAACUUUAAGAUACACUGUAGUGAAAUCCGGUUCUAAGGGAUGGAGUUGCAUGCCUCCUUCAGUUUAAAAGCAACAGUCUAUAUGGGUAUACCUGUGCAGAGCAGAUCUAUGAUUCAUUUAUUUGAAUUUAUUAGCAGCUCAGCUCCAGUGGACUCCAAGCAGUGAUAGUUGUUGUACCUUAAAUACAUGUACCUUGAAAGCUAAAACCUUUAAGGUAUUGAGAAUUUGCCUUUUGAACUUCAGAGAAACUUUCAGCUUAUGCGAGAUCUAGACCAACGAACAGAAGAUCUUAAAUCAGAGAUUGAUAAACUGGCUACAGAAUAUAUCAGCAAUGCACGGACUCUAUCUUCAGAAGAGAAAGUGGGUCUUCUCAAACAAAUCCAGGAGGCCUAUGGGAAGUGCAAGGAAUUUGGUGAUGACAAAGUACAAUUGGCUAUGCAGACAUAUGAAAUGGUAGAUAAGCACAUCCGAAGGUUGGAUACGGAUCUUGCCCGGUUUGAAGCUGACCUAAAAGAGAAACAGAUUGAAUCAAGUGAUUAUGACAGCUCAUCUAGCAAAGGCAAAAAGAAAGGCCGUGCCCAAAAAGAAAAGAAAGCUGCUCGUGCUCGUUCCAAGGGAAAAAACUCUGAUGAAGAAGCACCAAAAACAGCCCAGAAGAAGCUGAAAUUAGUCCGCACAAGCACAGAAUAUGGGAUGCCUUCGGUGACUUUUGGAAAUGUCCACCCUUCUGAUGUGUUGGAUAUGCCUGUGGAUCCCAAUGAGCCCACCUACUGCCUCUGCCACCAGGUCUCCUAUGGGGAGAUGAUUGGUUGUGACAACCCUGACUGCUCCAUUGAAUGGUUCCAUUUUGCUUGUGUCGGCUUGACAACAAAACCAAGAGGGAAAUGGUUCUGUCCUCGCUGUUCCCAAGAAAGGAAGAAAAAAUAAAUUUUAUCAUCUUCCAAGGUCCAGAUACUGUUUCCGAAAUAACCUGCUCUGCAGUUGGGGUUCAGCACUCUUCUCCCAGUUCCUGGGGCUUCGUUAGGUAGGGGUCCCCACUCUGGGUGAGCAGAGCUACUUGUGAAUGGCUUGUAUCCAUUUGAUGGUUCCUGUGUGUACUGAAACACUCACUGCUUGUCCUUGAGAGGAAGAUGAAGUCAGUUGUUGUCCUACAGCCCUUUUCCCUGCAUAGGUUUUAAAACCUGCAUCAGCUUACAGGAACAAAGAUUUCUUGGUGGGGGAAUAUCUGAUUGAAGAAACUGCAGUUUUCCUUCCAGACUUCUUAAUUGGUGUUCCAGAGGAGGGGCCACCAGGUCAACCCUUCAUGCAGUAUGUAAUUUAAGAAGACAGGCUUUUUAUUCUCCCUUCUCCACUACUACAACAUUCCAUUUUUUAAAGGGAGGGAGCCAUACAGAGGCAACUGGAAAGUGACCCAUUUUUCUUCGUGGGAAAAAUAUUAAAAAGUGAGAUUUUUUUCCCCCUGUCCGAAAUAUUUCAUGGAUUUUGUAAUGGAAGCCAACCAGGCUCCAGUCUUUUCUUGGUGGUGCUUGUUUUGGGGGAAACCCCAUAUUGUAAAAUAUGCAUUAAAUAAAACCAAUUCAAUACA